UCCACAGAGUGGAGAGAAGCGGCGACUCAACUCGCCUUUUCCUUGACCAAACACGUUCAGAGUAGUGCAUUUGUGUAUAUAUUACUUCGUUAGGGUGAUAAAAACGUGUGGAACGAUUUGGUCUGUUCUCAUUUUUUGUAUUCAGUUUUGCGGUUGGACAUUCAGAAGUGAGUGACAGAAUGCCUGCGGAGAAACCUACAACUCAGGUGCGCGGCGGAAACACGCUUGUAAACAGCUAAAGAUAAGAAGUCCCAGUGAAGGUCUACCGGAGCCGCUUUAUGCAGUCUAGUAGCUGUUUCCUUCAAGACUUUCAAUGAAAGGCUGAGCUGGACCUAAGGGACACGCUGGUGAACGGGUAAAUCGAGAUUUACAGAGGGGUGUCACCACUGACCCUGCAGUCACCUCAGUGUACCCCAGAGUGGUUUAGCAGCUGAUACCAGGUUAUUUCUAUCCCCUCUUUCCAUUAAAACAAGAUAUCAUUCAUUCAAGAGGAAUGGUUGGAUUGGCUAGUCCUCACACCUAUUGCUGGAGCCAUUGAGUGGUGGAGUGAAGUCCCACUGAGCAAUUAUCGGGAGCACAACUAUGUGUGUCCCUGAAGAUGUCCUUUCACACCGGUUGAUGGCACCAUGUCUUCGCUCGUCUACAUUGUUCUUGAGCUGCUGAUUGCGGUUUUGGCUGUGGCGGGGAACGUUCUGGUGUGCUGGGCCGUUUGCCUUAACAGUAACCUCCAGAGCAUCACCAACUUCUUUGUGGUGUCGCUGGCUUUGGCGGACAUCGCAGUGGGACUCCUGGCCAUUCCGUUCGCCGUCACCAUCAGCACGGGCUUCUGCAGCCAUUUUCAUGGGUGCCUCUUCAUUGCCUGCUUCGUGCUGGUCCUCACACAGAGCUCCAUCUUCAGUUUGUUGGCCAUUGCCGUGGAUCGGUAUAUCGCCAUCAAGAUCCCAUUGAGGUACAACAGUCUUGUCACAGGCCGAAGAGCCAAAGGCAUCAUUGCGGUAUGCUGGAUACUUUCAGUGGUCAUCGGUUUGACCCCCAUGCUAGGCUGGAACAGGCAUGUCGCCGCGGGCACCAACAGCUCCUGUCCUCAAGGUAUGACGGAGUGCCUGUUCGAGAAGGUGGUCACCAUGGGUUACAUGGUUUACUUCAACUUUUUCGGCUGCGUCUUGACUCCGCUACUUGCCAUGCUGGCCAUCUAUGCACGGAUCUUCAUGGCUGCCCGUCACCAGCUCAGACAGAUGAAGCAGAAACUAGUACACUUGCAAGGACAUGCCCACAGGGAGGGAUCCUCAUCACUGCAAAGGGAAGUCCACGCGGCCAAAUCGCUUGCUAUCAUCGUGGGCCUCUUUGCUGUAUGUUGGCUCCCUUUGCAUAUUAUUAACUGCUUCACACUGUUCUGUCCACGGUGUGCUCGACCUCAGGACUGGGUCAUGUACCUGGCCAUAAUGCUUUCACAUGCUAAUUCAGUAGUGAACCCGUUUAUAUACGCCUACCGAAUACGUGACUUCAGACACACCUUCCGAAGGAUCAUCCGACGGCACUUCCUGUGGCAUGAAAACAGACAGGCCACUGGUAACAGCAACGGAGGCAUGGCUGCUUCUUCUGCUGCAGUCAGUGUGAUUGAGAAUUCUUGUGCAGUGUCCAAUGGCUAUGUGUUGGACGCCAAUCCCAUUCCUGCCAUGGUUUCCUGUGACAAAUUUACGAAGCAAAUGCCACCAAAAACCAGGCCUCAAACGGAAUUCCAAGACUUAGGAUACAGCUUAAAUGGAACUUUGGAACAUUCCUUUCCCGCCAAUUCGACAAAGAUUUUCUCAUUACAUACCGGGGAGGAAGUUCCCUCCAUCAGGGACCAUGUAGAAAUCAUGACUGUAAAAGACUGCAGUGCUAUUACUAACGGACAUGUCAGAUGUCUGGUGCCCAUAAGGACAAGCAACUGAUCCGAUCUUGCAGAUGUGUCAUGACGAACACUUCCACAAGAGUUAUUCCUCAGAAAAUACCCGAAUUAAGCUUGUUUCAUUCUUUACAAAGCUAUCACUGAUCUGAAUGGUUGUGCUAGUGAUGGUGACUUCACUUACAGUACUAUCAAGGGUCAGGAAAGAUAAAACUAUGUGAGGAUCACAUAGCUCCUGUGGGAACCCUCACUACACAAAUUCCAGGAAUUCCUACUCGUCUUUGCAGUCAAACACCCCUGAUGGUGUUUCCAAAUUUUCAGACCUCAUGAAGAACUUGUUUGCUGACAUUGUAGAGCAUUUCCAAAGCUUAUAUGUUUCCAAGGAGCUUUAUUAAAAGAGCAUUGUUUCCUGGUCAAAGUGAGAGAGGCCUGAUGGAUUAAAUCAAUAUUCUGGGGAAUUCAGCUAAAUCUGUUAUGACCAUGCCAUAAAAGACCUUGAUGUGUGGCACGUUUUAAAGAAGUUUCAUCUUUCUGUUCUUUUUUUAGUAGGUGUUUAUCCAAACUGAGAACAUGUACAGUCAAUGCAACUGCCAAGAGCCUCUGUAGUGUUUUAAAACAUACGGCUGCAAGAUUUGGGGAAAAAAAUCAUAUUGCAAUUUUUCUGAUACAAUGCG